GUUGGCUUUGCUGACGGAGGCAGAGCACAGCAUUCUGGGAACUGUAGGACGGCCUCUGGCUGCGCCUCUGCGCUGACAGGAUUGGCCGACGGCGCCGCCACUCACCCGUCUCCCCGCCCAGCCUGUGGCCGGCAGGCUCUAUACAGAGACCCCGGCCGUCCGCCGCAAAUCACAGCGGCCGAGGUGCGCGUGAGGAGUCAGGGGCGAUUCCCGCCUAGUACCCGGUCUGGUUUCUGGAGUUGUGGAGUAAAGAAAGAAGAGAAUGAUUUUGAAAGCAAUUGUAUUGCUAGGCUGUAUCCUGGGAAUCAACACAUUUCCUCUCGAGGAUCCUGAAGAUGGAGGCAAGCACUGGAUUGUCAUCGUAGCAGGGUCAAAUGGCUGGUACAAUUACAGACACCAGGCUGAUGUAUGCCAUGCUUACCAAAUUGUACACCGAAAUGGAAUUCCAGAUGAACAGAUCAUUGUCAUGAUGUAUGAUGACAUUGCAGAAAAUGAGGAAAAUCCAACCAAAGGCAUCAUCAUCAAUAGACCCAAUGGCACAGAUGUGUACGAGGGAGUGCCAAAGGACUAUGUACAAGAGGAUGUUACUCCAAAAAAUUUCCUUGCUGUUCUGAGAGGUGAUGCUGAAGCAAUGAAGGGCAUAGGAUCAGGAAAAGUAUUAAAAAGUGGUCCCAAGGAUCAUGUGUUUGUUUAUUUCACUGACCAUGGAGCCCCUGGACUACUGGCUUUUCCUAAUGAUGAUCUCCAUGUAAAGGACUUGAACAAGACCAUUUAUUACAUGUACCAUAACAAAAAAUACCAAAAGCUGGUGUUUUACAUUGAAGCGUGUGAAUCUGGAUCAAUGAUGAACCAUUUGGCUGAUGAUAUCAAUGUUUAUGCAACUACUGCUGCCAAUCCUAGGGAGUCUUCUUAUGCAUGUUACUAUGAUGAUAAGAGACAGACCUACCUAGGUGACUGGUACAGUGUCAACUGGAUGGAAGAUUCUGAUGUGGAGGAUCUGAAAAAAGAAACUCUCCAUAAGCAAUUUCUGAUAGUAAAGAAACACACCAACACCAGCCAUGUAAUGCAAUAUGGAAACAAAAGCAUCUCUUCUAUGAAAGUGGUGCAGUUUCAGGGCAUGGGAAGGAAAUCCACUCCUAUUUCACUGCCCCCAGUGGCACACUACGAUCUCACUCCUAGUCCUGAUGUGCCUCUUGAAAUCAUGAAACGGAAGCUGUUGGCUACCAAUGAUAUUUAUGAGGCUAAGAAGAUUGCAGGGGAGAUGAAAACACAUCUAGAGGCUAAACAGAUUAUUCAGGAAUCCAUGCGAAAGAUCAUAUUCUUCGUAACAGCAUCCAAGGAGCGAACUGAGCAAAUUCUGUCAGACAGACUGACCAUCAGUGACUAUGACUGCUACCAGUCAGCAGUGAAUUACUUCAAAGCCCACUGCUUCAACUGGCACUCUCCCUUGUACGAGUAUGCUCUGAGACAGCUGUAUGCCUUGGUCAGCGUUUGUGAAGGAGGAUAUCCUAUUGACAGAAUACAACUGGCCAUGGACCAUGUGUGCCUUGGAUAUUAAUGGAAACAACAUUCCCAUUAAUAAUCCUUACUAAAAGCGAUAGCCUUUUUUGACACUGUAAUCAUCAGGACUACAAAUGCAUGCAAAGAGAAGAGAAAUGUCAACCACUAUAUCAGUUUUAAGUAACGCAGUGGGAGCGGUGUUGGACACCACUGAACAGAUUCAGCUCUUAAAAGCCUCCCAUCUGACAUUAUGGACUUUAUUGCAUCCCCUUAGUAUUUCGAAUAUAACUGGUGUUCUACAAAAUGCAUUUGGGCAGGGUUACUGUUACCCAUGCAGCACUUGAAAUGGAAAUGGUUUGUUUCAAAGCCCAAAGCAGGCUACAGUAGCGUCAUUUUUAAGAGUCUCCAGUUGAACACUACACACAGUCUAUUGGGGAUCCUAACUUUAUGAUUAAAAUUUGAUCUUCAAUUAUUUUGCAUUUGAAACUUGAUGAAUACUAAUUAGCUUUAAAAAGUGGGGGUUUUAUUAUUAAUGAAUUAUGUUUCCAGUGACUGUUUGCAAACUGGUUGAAAAAUGAAGAAGCGAUAGUUUGUACAUCAAGCUCUAAAUCCUUUACGGUAUAAAGAAAUCAGUUGUACUUGAGAAUUAUCCAAUUUGUAAAUUGAAUGGGCAUAAAGUUGCACUGUUUCCCAAAGAAUAAAAAAAAUUGUCUAAUUCUGUAACUUUUAGCACCAUUAUGUGUUAUGUACACGCAAGUCUGCAAGAGAUGGUACAGCACUUGGAAUUAUCUUUGAAUAAAAAGAAAGUUGAAUGUCC